AGAUCAGAUCAGAUCAGAUCAGAUCAGAUCUUGGCAGGCGGUGCUGCUCAGAGGUCAGGGGCCCUUCAGAUAGGGCCUACUCCAGACUCGUCACUUAGCAGGAAAUGAGCAAACAGACUCCAACGAGUGAGCAAGCCCUGAGGCCCAGUGGUCGACUAAAGAAUGUCAAGAACGGAACCUGGUCUUGCGGGAAUGCUUGCAGUUCUGUAUUCUGGAUGGCAUUCCUCCAGCGGCUUCCAUAGCGACCAUUCCUGGUGUCUGUGCCAUUGCCACACAGUGGAACAACUGCCUGUACUACCCACCCAGCUGUGAGCAUGGUGCGCUCUGGCUAGCUGGAACAGGCAUAGAUAUCUUCAUACUGUCCUUUUCCAGUCUGCCCCUCAAGUUUGAAUCGAAGGAUGUGGAGAAGGAGAAGGAAACACACAAUUACCUCAGCAAAGAGGAAAUCAAAGAGAAAGUGCAUAAGUACAAUUUAGCCGUCACAGAUAAGCUGAAGAUGACCUUAAAUUCAAACGGGAUUUACACUGGCUUCAUUAAGGUGCAGAUGGAACUCUGCAAACCUGCCCAGACCCCUGCCAACCCCAGCAGCAGUGGCUGCAUGAACACGCUUCAUAUCAGCAGCACAAACACCGUGGGAGACGUGAUCGACGCGCUGCUCAAGAAGUUUCAGGUGACCGAGAGUCCCACCAAGUUUGCGCUUUAUAAGCGUUGUCACAGGGAAGACCAAGUGUAUGCCUGCAAGCUCUCCGACCGGGAACACCCGCUGUACCUGCGUUUGGUAGCAGGGCCCAGAACCGACACGCUUAGUUUUGUUCUUCGAGAACACGAAAUUGGAGAGUGGGAAGCCUUCAGCCUCCCGGAGCUGCAGAACUUCUUGCGCAUCUUGGACAAGGAAGAGGACGAACAGCUACAGAGCCUGAAGCGGCGCUAUACAGCCUACAGGCAGAAGCUGGAGGAAGCCCUGGGCGAGGUGUGGAAGCCAGGCUAAGGCUCCUCCUGCCAGGAAGGCACAGCUCGGGACGCAUGAGAGAGCCGCAUUGAUUGCCUCUCUUCUCGGAGAGCUGUCUUCGUGCCCCGCCGUGCUAGGGUCCUCCUCUUUCCUCUGUACACACAGUUCUGAGCCUGGUCACGCAGCAGCCUGCGCCUCACGGAUUGGCACAAGGGACUCUGCAAGCUUGUUCUGUUAAGCGACGUUACCUCUUGCAAGCUGUGAGCCUGUGCGCGUCGGGCACGCCCUGGAGUACAUGGACGCAUGAACUCCGGGUUGAUGUCCUCUGUUUUCUUCUAGUUGCUUUAAUGAUGUGAUUUUGGUAAGCUUCAGGGUGCGACGAUGAGCUUUAAGAAGCGAUCUCUGAGUUCUUGUCCUACGGGGAAACUACCUGCUUGUUCUUGUUCUCCGUUAGAGCAGACUACCCACAAGAAUGAAAGACACAGGAAUUUAGGAACUCUGGGGGAGUGGGAAAAGAUUCCGGAAGAGUUUUGACAAUAAAGAAAGUAAAGAGCAUGUAGGGGAAGAUAGAGGGAGGCGAGGGCCCAGGGCCUGGGGAGGUGGCUUGGUUUCUAAGUUAGUGUUAGAGGAGAAAGGUGUUUGUCUGGAAAGGAGCUGAGAGCAUUCAGGAUUGAUGCUGAGCUCAGCUAAAGAUUGCCUAAUUUGCUAGUGGUAAAACGUGAGGUCAGGGCCAAAGAGCUUGGAGCUAAUAAACCCAAAGGAGGGGUCCACGAACUAUGCUGACCUACAGUGGAUUUGACCUUGACCAUAGGUUGGCUGGCCUCCGCUGGAUCUCACCUGCUCAUCCAUUCUGGCGUGGAGUGGAUGGCCUGGGGUUUAGCUUCUCUGUGUAGGUGGGGCCUGACCGUGUGCUGAUUCCUGUUACCUUAGGUUCCCCCUCCCCCCGCAGAGGUUGCUCUCAGAGUUAAAAAGGAGUUGGAGUAAGGGCAGCUGCUUCCGCUCAGCUGUUAGCUAGAAGCAGCAGCAAGGCCGGGCUCACAGCACACUUUGUGACAAUCAUCCUCUUCCCGUUUAUUCCACCCUUCCUUUUCCCUACCCCCCUCACCCUUUUGCCCCCCACCAGCCCCAAAUCAUUCUCCAAAGUUCUUAUGAAGUAGAAGACAGGGAUGUUGAUUAAAGGCCGCAUCCUUGCCUCUUAAGAGACAUAACUAAGGGCCCCAAGGAAGGAAAGUCCACACCCAGCUGGCCGCACAGCAGGCGUUCAUUAUGGAACUGUUCUAACACAAGUAUGCAUGUUCCUCCCAACCAAAGAGACGCGUGUGCAAUAGACAGGCUCGAUGGCCUCCUUUUCUGCAGCAGCCUGCAAAUCAGAGAGCGGAGGGAAGGUUGUUCCGUGCUUCUGGAGGGGCCUUACAGUCGGUCUGUCUCUAGUCUAGAUAGAUUGUUGUUGUUUAUAAAUUCCCAAGGAAUUGUUAACAUGGUGACACCUGACGGAAUCGUUUGGAAAUUCCAAGGUGCUCCAGCUCUUUGCCUUUCUAUGAACCGUGCCUUUGAUGGAGAGUCUGUCCCUUCGAGGUGGCUUGUCCCCCCCCUGACUUGUCAGAGAUGUCACCCCGUGGGAGGCAGAUCCAAGUGUGGGUAAUGCUUCGCAAGCUCCUGAGACAAUCGGAUCUUCUAAGCUAUUAGGAAGAGAUGGGGGUGGAAACACAGCUAGCUAUAAAAUAUGAAUGGCACAUCUUGUUUAAUUUUGCAUGUGAUUUCUUUUCUGUGCAUCAGUGAGGUUUAGUGACAUUGUCAUCCAACACGCUGCCUUUGUUGUUCAGGGAAUGCCUUCAUGGUUCUUGUACUGGUUUUACUAUUCAGACUAAGGCUUGGGUUUUGCGUACACCGCCACCAGCCACCUGGUCCCCUAAUUACUCCUCCUAGCGUGCUUAGCAUCUGCAAAGCAUUCGUUUCUCCGAUUAAGACACUGUUAGACCAUAAAGUAGCAGCUGAUGGGUAUCUGUGAAUUUUUUUUUUUUUACUUGAAGUAGACUGUAUGAAGCAGCACCCUCCUCUGUCCUCAUCCGAACCUCGCUCCAUGGCGUGUGCCCCACACCUUGUGUCUCGGAAAGGUCACUGGAUGGCACUCUGUCAGCUCGUGGCUCCUGAAGACUGAUGUUCUCUCCCAAACACUGGUCACUACAGCAGCAGGUUUAAAGCCUGAAGGAAGAAAAAGGCUCCAGAGGCAAAGAUCUAAGAAGAAACCCCUGGUUCAGAUCCUUAGGGAGCGAAGCUUUGCUGCCAUCCUGAUUUCUCUUCGGAACGUGACGAUGGUACAGGAACGGCGUGAGGCGAAGGCGGCUGCCGAGGGGCGUUUUAGAUCUAAAGUUCAGAGCUAUAUUUAUGAGUUUAAGUUUUAUUUUUAUAGGGCAGAUUUUUUUUUCUCCCCUGAAAUUGUGUCUGGAAUGGCAAAAUUGUUUCUGUUAUUAAAAACCGAAGUUGUUAGUUGAUAA